AUGAUGCUUUUGCUCCUCACCUGCCUGCUGGCUGUCUUCCCAGUGGUUUCCAUGAAGAGUCCCAUAUUUGGUCCCCAGGAAGUGUUUAGUGUGGAAGGCAACUCAGUGUCCAUCAAGUGCUACUACCCAGCCACCUCUGUCAACCGGCAUACCCGGAAGUAUUGGUGCCGGCAGGAAGCCAGGGGCCACUGCACAACCCUCAUCUCCUCAGCUGGUUUCAUCUCUGAGGGCUAUGUGGGCAGAGCGAACCUCACCAACUUCCCGGAGAACAACAUGUUUGUGGUGGACAUUACCCAUCUCACCCAGAGUGAUUCUGGGAAAUACAAGUGUGGUCUGGGCAUAAAUAGCCGAGGCUUGUCCUUUGAUGUAAGCCUGGAUGUUGAAAAGGGUCCUGUGUUUCCAAGUGAUACUCAGAUCUACACAGAAGACCUAGGUAGAAAUGUGACCAUCAACUGCCCUUUUAAGGCUGAGAACAUACAGCAGACAAAGUCCUUGUGCAAGAAGACUGGCCAGAACUGCGUCACGGUCAUUGACUCCGCUGGAUCUGUGAGCGCUGACUAUGUAGGCAGGGCAAGCUUUAAUCUACAGGGUACGAGCAAACUAAUGUUUACCGUUACCAUCAGCCGACUUCAGCCGAAAGAUGCUGGGAUGUAUGUCUGCAAGGCUGGGGAAGAGAACAAGAAUGUGGAUCUCCAAGUGCUGAAGCCAGAGCCUGAGCUGGUUUAUGGAGACUUGAGGGGCUCAGUGAGCUUUGACUGUGCCCUGGGCUCUGAGACUGCAAACGUGCCCAAAUUUCUGUGUCGAAUGAGCACCGAGGAAGCCUGCGAUGUGAUCAUCAACACCCGGGGCAAGAAGGCUCCGGGCUUUGAGGGCAGGAUCCUGCUCACCCCUAUGGACAAGAAUGGAGUGUUCAGUGUGCUGAUCAUGGGCCUGAGGAAGGAGGAUGCAGGGCGCUACCUGUGCGGAGCCCACCCCGAUGGUGUGCCAGGGGAUGGCUGGCCCCUCCAGGCUUGGCAGCUCUUUGUCAAUGAGGAGACCAACAUUCCCCAUAGACCCUCUGUGGUGAAAGGUGUGGCCGGGGGCUCUGUGGCCGUACUCUGCUCCUACAGCCCUAAGGAAAGCAACCCCCUGAAGUACUGGUGUCGCUGGGAAGAGACUAAAAAUGGCAUCUGCCCACUGUUGGUGGAAAGUGAGGGGCUGGUUAACCAACAGUACCAGGGCAGGCUGGCACUAUAUGAAGAGCCUGGCAAUGGCACCUACACUGUCAUACUCAACCAGCUCACCACUCAGGAUGCUGGCUUCUACUGGUGUCUGACCAAUGGUGAUACUCGCUGGAGGUCCAGUUUGGAGCUCAAGAUUGUUGAAGGAGAACCAAACCUAAAGGUACCGAAGAAUGUCAUUGCUUCAGUGGGAGAGACUCUCAAGCUCCCCUGCCACUUCCCAUGCAAGUUCUACUCAUACGAAAAAUAUUGGUGCAAGUGGAGCAACAAGGGCUGCCAAGCCCUACCCAGCCAAGAUGAAGGGCCCAGCCAGGCCUUUGUGAACUGUGACCAGAACAGCCGGAUCAUUUCCCUGACUCUGAACUCAGUCACUAAAGCUGAUGAAGGCUGGUACUGGUGCGGAGUGAAACAAGACCACCGCUAUGGAGAGACUGGAGCUGUCUAUGUGACAGUGGAGGAAAGGACAGUGGGAGGGUCCCAUGAUGUCAGCCAAGCAAAUGCUGCUCCCAAUGGGGAGGUGGUGAAGCCAAGUGUACGGAAGUCUGGAAACCAUGUCAUUCAGGAUCCCAAGUUUGCUGUGGUGGAGGAUUUUGAAGAUCCAGUUGGUGAAAGCAGAGCUGACACAAAUCCUGCCAGCACUGAAACUAGAGGACAAGGCGGGAGCUCCACAGUUCUGGUCUCCACCCUGGUGCCCCUGGCCAUGGUGCUGGUGCUGGGGGGUGUGGUUGUGGGAGUCCUCAGAGCCCGGCACAGGAAAAAUGUUGACCGAAUUUCAAUUAGAAGCUAUAGGACGGACAUUAGCAUGUCAGACUUUGAGAACUCCAGGGAUUUUGGUGCCAAUGACAACAAAGGAGCUUCUUCAGUCACUCAAGAGACAUCCCUUGGAGGAAAAGAUGACUUCAGCGCCACCAUAGAAACCACCAUGGAGAAUGAAGAACCCAAGAAGGCAAAAAGGUCAUCCAAGGAGGAAGCUGACAUGGCCUACACUGCCUACCUGCUCCAAACCAACAACAUGGCUGCAGAUGUGCAAGACGGUCCCCGUGAAGCCUAA